AUGCCGCCACCAACGCCAGAACAAUCAACAAAUGACAAACCCAUGCGUGGUAAGGAGCUAACCCCUUAUAUACGUGGUCAUAUUGCCGGCGCGAGCAUGGCAGGGGCGUCACUCACUACCAUUGCCAACUACCAUGGAAUCUCAAAAUCCACCGUCCAAUACACUCUCAAAAUGCAAGCGAAACGAAACGAGGGCCAGACAGUUGUACGGACAGGGAGACCUUCAAAAAUAUCAGGAGACGAUCUACGUGCGAUAAUAGCCGCUCUUCAACGUGGUCCCUCUAUGUCAUGCAACGAUAUACGAAUCGCAACCGGCAUAGACGCGAGCAACCAUACUAUUCUCAGAAGUAUUCGUCGAGCCGGCUACGACUGGAAAGCUUCACAAUGGGUUCGGGCAAAUGAUACACCUGCUGAAAAAGAAUGA